AUGUUGAAAGACACCGAAAACGACGACUUCGAACCAUCAGACAUAACAGAUUCUCUCGGCGGCUUUACGUUGAACAUAAUCGCUCGCGACUCAGCUAAGCUACCCAAAGUAAUCAUAAAAACAGAUUCCAAUGAAGGUUGCGUAGAUUCCUUCACGAAUGCAAAACCUGGCAUGCUCACGCUUCGGGCUCCUAUGGAUGCGAGUGUUAUCACUCCAUUGACAACAGUAGCGAUCGAAAUUGCGAGUGUUUAUUUGAUCACGGUCGAAAGAGCCGCAGAGCUCAUUUUGGAAUCCAUAGGUUUAGCCGAGGAAAGUAUCGACUCGGAUUUAAUAUUCAAAAUCGAUCCCUUUCAAAAGCUCGUCAUCGAUGGCGACGAUUCAAUAGCAACGGUUGCGUACGCCUCGGUUAACGUGGCAAAUGCUAUUUCUAUGAUUUCUUCUUUAUUGUAUGGCGCCGGGACCUCGAGCAAAGCAGAAGCAGAAGCGGCGACUCUUUUGGCGUUUGCAAAACGUAUCGGUGACACGAACCUCGUGUUACGCAAAAAGAGAAGAAUACUUUUAAAAAAGUAUACGAAGAGAUUGAACGUGAGUGAUUCGUCCGAUAUUAGCUCGAUCAUAUCUUCGGCCGUAUCCGUCGUUUCCCGGACGAGUCCGGAUGUUCGCGUGGAUACUGCUGCGAAGAAUGCUGUCGCCCAAGCGUCUGCAUCAGCCUCGUCGUAUUUGCUCUCCACGAAUACAACUUCAGAAUCUUACAGCGGCGAAGCUAUUUCAAAAAUUUGCGCGGCGGCAGUCAAAGUUUUGCAAGAUCCAGAGCUUUUGGAAGCCAUCUUCGAUUUAGGCAGAGAUGCCGAAACGAUGGAGGAGUCGACUUUGAUACGGGAUUUGCAGAGUAGCGCGACAAUGUCGGCGAAGUACGAAACGGCAAAAGCGAGCGUAUCGGUCGUCAUUCCGCAAUAUCCAUCGCCUCCGUCUCCUCCCCCUCAUCCCCCCCCUCCUUUGACGAUUCCGAUGACCCUUACAAGCAGCGACGCCGUUGCUCCGCCGUUUCCAAAAUGGACGAUAUGGUGGCUCUCGUGCUUAACUCUUACCAUCGCUCUCGCAGCGUCGUAG